AUUCAUUAAUCCUAUCUCCCUUUUCUUUCACAAAACCAUGGCUUUGGCACUUCGCUCCUCAAUUUCGUUUAUCAAUGUAAAAGAUAAUCAAGGUUUAAAAACUCGCGAUGAGUUUUCAACUAUAGUAAGUUUUGCUCAAACUAAGCUGUUGUCGUGCAAGCUCCAUGCAAAGAGUGCAAUGCACGAAGCGACUCGAUUAUCAUUGUUACAAGGAAGAAAAAGUGAGAAAAGUGAGAGACUUCAUGAGCUAGUAGCCCCUCAUAGCCAUAAUGGUUUGAGAGUACCUGUUUUUGUAAUGCUACCACUCGAUACCAUAUCGAUUGGAGGGAGUUUCAACAAAGUGAGGACGAUGUAUGCUAGUUUAUUUGCAUUGAAAAAUGCAGGAGUCGAGGGAGUCAUGGUUGAUGUGUGGUGGGGAUUGGUGGAGAAAGAAGGACCUUUGAAAUAUAACUGGGAAGGAUAUGCUGAGCUUGUAAAGAUGGUGCAAAAGCUUGGUUUGAAACUUCAAGUUGUUAUGUCUUUUCAUCAAUGCGGUGGCAAUGUUGGAGACUCUUGCAGCAUCCCUCUACCUCCAUGGGUGCUUGAAGAAAUGAACAAUAAUCCUGAUAUUGUGUACACCAACAAAUCAGGGCGACGCAACCCUGAAUAUAUAUCGUUGGGCUGCGAUUCAUUGCCUGUGCUAGGAGGUCGAACUCCGAUUCAGGUCUACUCCGAUUAUAUGAGGAGUUUUAGAGAGAGAUUCCACCAAUGCUUGGGAAAUGUUAUAGUGGAAAUUCAAGUGGGGUUGGGGCCUUGUGGAGAGCUAAGAUAUCCAUCCUAUCCAGAAAGCAAUGGCACUUGGAGAUUUCCAGGAAUUGGUGAAUUCCAAUGCUAUGACAAGUACAUGAGAGCCUCAUUGGCAGCUGCGGCUGAGGCGAUUGGGAAGACUGACUGGGGACUCGAAGGCCCUCACGACGCAGGCCUAUACAACCAAUUACCGGAAGAAACGGGGUUUUUCCAAAGGGAAGGCACAUGGAACACUGAAUAUGGGCAUUUUUUCUUAGAAUGGUAUUCUGGUAAGCUAGUCGAGCACGGAGAUAAAAUCCUGUCAGCUGCACAAAGAAUAUUCGAAGGAACCGGAGCUAUACUAUCAGGAAAAGUAGCUGGAAUUCAUUGGCACUACAACACAAGAUCACAUGCAGCUGAAUUAACUGCUGGAUACUACAAUACUAGGAAUCGAGAUGGUUAUUCGGCAAUAGCACGAAUGUUAAGUAAACGUGGAGUGGUGCUCAAUUUUACGUGUAUGGAAAUGAGAGACGAAGAACAGCCAGAGAGGGCAAAUUGCUCGCCUGAAGGUCUAGUUCGACAAGUGAAGAUGGCUACCAAAUCUGCUGGAACACAACUUGCUGGAGAAAAUGCUCUGGAGAGGUAUGAUUCUGGCGCAUAUUCACAGGUGUUGGGAACUAGCCAUUCAGAUUCUGGAAAUGGACUCGCUGCAUUUACGUAUCUAAGAAUGAAUAAACGAUUGUUCGAAGCUGAGAAUUGCCGCAAGUUCGAUGAAUUUGUGAAGAACAUGUCAGAAGGUGGUCGAAACGCGACACUUCCCGAGAGUGACACGAGCAGGACGAACCUGUAUGUUGGAUUCCUUAAAGACCAUGAUUUGCACAAGAAGACGAGCAUAAUCAUGACUGGCUGUCUGUAAAAUUAUUAAUUUAAUAGUAGUGAUUCUUUCCUUGUACAAAACAUUCUAUUCAUUUGCUUCAUAUUUGUUGAAGUAUAUAUGAAAUUCUGUUUCUAUGUACUGGGAUAUAACUACUGGCUACUGAUUUUGAAUUAUGUAUAGCAUGGUUAUUUUGCAAUAGAAUAUAGCAACUUCCAUAUUUUUAUGACAACUACAAAUGGCCACACCUGUAAAUUUAAUCCAUGGAAUGAUGGAAAUACUUUGAUGUACAA